GCAGCCGCUGAUUACUCCUGGAGAGUAAACAUUUGUUAGGCCUCUCUGUACAAGCACAGAUAGGCUUCGGCUGAAUUGACAGGGUCCCCUAAAUUGUGUCUAUGGCACCUGAUCCAUCGCGUCAAAACCAUUAAGAAGGAGACUGGGUGUGAUGAUAAUGUAUUGAUCCGAUUGUGAUGGAUGGCCUCUGAGGAUAUAAAAGUGAAGUUCCUUGCCGAGCAGAGGUAUAGUCCAGAACUGGCCAUCUAAAGAUAAAGGCACCAUGAUUUCUGUAGCUCUGUUUUACCUUGCCGCUGUGAUUUGUUCUGCAAGGCGGACACAUGCUCUACCGCUGUACCCUGAAACCGACCUGGAGCCACAGGCAGAUUUCAUUCAGAAAUUAGUGUCAGAGGUGGAAGGUGGAGCCAACGCUGCUGAGGGGGAGCAGAGAGAGGUCAAUAAUUUGUAUCCUCUACUGAUGCAGCACAAUGGCGGCAGAGACUCUUGGAAUAAAGGGACUAAAGAUUCAGCACAACAAGAUAAGUUUGCAAACAUGGUUGAGGACCUCAAAGAAGCCGUCUUGAAGCUUGCAGCGGCUGACAAGCUUCGCUCUCAGGGUUUUCUCAGAUCAGAGCAGAAUUUGCCAAAAACAAACAAAAGGGCAUGUUUCUGGAAAUACUGUGUCACCAACUAGAACCCUGCGGCGGCAGGACGUUUGGUUUGAUCUCAUUUCGCAGCCUGGCUUGAAACGUCUUCACUCUUCAACGGCAUUUCCCCCCCCAAACAGUAUAUUCAUCAUCCAAAAUGGAACAACAGAAAAUCUAUUUUUGAAGCUUUAACAUUUUAUGUGGCUGAAAAUAAACUUAAAUAUCAGAAAUGCCUUUUCUGUGAUGUGCUUUUGGUUGUGAU